AUGUUUCUUGCGGCCUUGUCAUUUGCUUACUUUGCCAAGGCACUCUCUGGAAGUUACAUGAAGAGCACAAUUACACAGCUGGAGAGACGAUUCGAUAUUCCUAGUUAUUUAAUUGGGAUUAUUGAUGGGAGCUUUGAAAUAGGUAAUUUGCUGGUGAUUGCAUUUGUGAGUUAUUUUGGUGCCAAGCUCCACCGCCCCAAGAUCAUCUCCAUUGGCUGUCUCCUGAUGUCCCUCGGCACAUUCUUAAUAGCAAUGCCUCAUUUUAUUAUUGGACGCUAUAAGUUCGAAACGUCUGUUAGACCUCCAGUGAAUACAACUAAUACCCUGUCUCCAUGCCCAGCAAGCUCACCUGCAGCCCUUCGUACAGAUGGCAUACCAUCUAUAGUGCCCUCUGUGGGCUGUGAGAGAGAGUCCAGUCUCUCCAUGUGGAUCUAUGUGUUCCUUGGAAAUGUAUUACGUGGAGUGGGCGAAACCCCAGUACAGCCACUGGGAAUAUCUUACAUUGACGACCAUGCUCGCCCAGACAAUGCAGCCUUAUACAUUGGAUGUGUACAGACCAUAUCAAUCAUUGGCCCUGUGUUUGGUUAUUUGCUGGGCUCUCUGUGUGCGAAAAUUUAUGUUGACAUUGGAUUUGUUGACAUGGAGAGCAUCACUAUUACUCCUGCUGAUGCACGCUGGGUAGGGGCCUGGUGGCUUGGAUACCUCAUCGCAGGGGUCAUCACGCUGAUGUCAGCCAUCCCUUUUUGGUUCCUGCCAAAGUCACUGCCGCUGACAGAGGACAGACAGAAUUAUGAGUGCUCUCCAGAGCAAACCAGGUUCCUCAGUGACUCACCUGCCACCAAGCACAAGUACAUUCCUCAAGAGCUGGCCAACUUCCAUAAUAUGGCUAAAGAAUUUCUGCCAACGUUAAAAAGCUUGCUUGGAAACCCCGUGUACUUCAUCUAUCUGUGUGUGACAGUUGUCCAGUUCAACUCUCUUAUUGGCAUGGUCACAUACAAGCCAAAAUACAUUGAGCAGCACUAUGGCCAGUCAGCAUCGAAAGCCAACUUCCUGAUGGGUGUCAUAAACAUUCCUGCUGUUGCCAUGGGAAUGUUCUCCGGAGGUGUGAUCAUGAAGAAAUUCAAGCUUGGCAUUAUGGGAGCAGCCAAGUUUGCCUUUGGGACAUCCCUCCUAGGCUACUUCUUGUCACUCUUCUUCUUUGCCAUGGGCUGUGAAAACUCCAAGGUGGCAGGAGUUACAGUGUCUUACACAGGACGGGAUGUGUUAUCGUAUGGAGAGGAGUCUGUGUUUUCGGGCUGUAACUCUGCUUGCCUGUGCCCGGGGAGAGACUGGGACCCGGUGUGUGGAGAAAAUGGAAUAACAUAUGUAACCCCAUGUCUGGCCGGGUGCACCACCUCAGCUGGAUCAGGGAAAAACACGGUGUUUAACAACUGCAAAUGCAUAGCUGCAGCAGCUACAAGCUCCAAGCCUACAAACCUGACGGCUGUCUUAGGCCACUGUCCCCACCGUGACAGUUGUGACAGGGUCUUCCCUUACUUCCUCGCCUUAUCUGUCAUUACCUCCUUUAUCAUUUCACUGGGUGGGACCCCUGGUUAUGUGCUGCUCAUCAGGUGUACUAAAGCUGAAUUGAAGUCACUAGCACUGGGAUUCCACACACUGGCCACUCGAACUUUGGCUGGUAUUCCUGCUCCCAUCUAUUUUGGUGCAGUCAUAGACACUACCUGUCUAAAGUGGGGACAUAAAAGAUGUGGAGGAAGAGGAGCGUGUAGAAUCUACGACACGGCAGCCUACAGGACAGUGUAUCUGGGUCUUACACUAGGGCUUCGGACCGUCUCCUUUUUCCUGUGCAUUAUGGGAUUUGUGCUGCUGAAGAGGUAUGUGAAGAGAGAGAAGAGGAAGAGCACCUUGACCAAUGGGAGCACAGAACUGGAGUCGCUCAGGAAAGAGGAGAGCCAGUCUUUGAACUGCGAGCAGUUCCUACGGACGUUGGACUGCAACUCUGACAGGGAGACACGAUUGUGA